CGAGGCGGGGCCGGCGGUGGGCAGGCUCGUAAUUUCCCGCGCGUUCCGGCCUCCUUUAUCUCUCCCCUACCUCCCCACGUUUCGCCCCCAUUUCGAAGGCCACCGAAUUACCUGCGAUUCCUCUCCCCUCGCCUCCUCGUCCUCCCCUAGGGGAUCGCCGGAGAGGAAUCGCAAAUAGGGCCGUCUCGUUCGAGGAAGCCAUGGAGCACAAGGAGACUGGAUGCCAGGCCCCUGAGGGACCCAUCCUUUGCAUCAAUAACUGUGGCUUCUUCGGCAGUGCAGCUACCAUGAACAUGUGCUCCAAGUGCCACAAGGAGAUGAUAUUGAAGCAGGAGCAAGCCAAGCUGGCUGCCUCCUCUAUCGAUAGCAUCGUCAAUGGUAACGAUGCUGUGAAUGAUCCAGUUGUUGCUGGCAGCGCCGUGGUAGCUGUUGCUCAAGUUGAGGUGCAGACACUCAAUGUGCAGCUCGCCGAUGUUGCUGGCCCCAGUGAGGGGGUCGUGGUGAUCCCCAAAGGGAAGGAAGGGCCAAACCGGUGCAGCACCUGUAGGAAGAGGGUUGGGCUUACGGGAUUCAACUGCCGGUGUGGGAACUUGUACUGUGCAGUCCAUCGCUACUCCGACAAGCAUGACUGCAAGUUUGACUAUCGGACUGCGGCCAUGGAUUCCAUUGCCAAGGCUAAUCCAGUGGUGAAGGCGGAAAAGCUCGACAAGAUCUAAGCGUUCCUAGAUUGGCAGAACAAAAGCUCGCAAUCUGUGGCACUUCAUCAUGCGGAUUUGAUGCUUUAUCCAUGCCUUUCCCUUUCAUGUUGGCUGCUACAAUCUUGUUCGGCACUGCGAUGCAUGGCACACACUUCCGCAGCUUCACGAAUUCCCUUCUCUGCCUCUGGUCAGUUCAAAAUGGUUCCCAUGUUGGCUAUGUUGUGUAAGCUUUAUUUAUGGUCGUCUUGCUUGGACGGUAUUGUGGCUUCGCAUUUAGCUAGCUCUGUAAUGUACUGUUGUCCCUAGCGUGUUACACUGCAACCAGUAAUAGUAAUCAGCAACUGUCCGUUAUAUGGUA